CUGAGCUCCCAGAAGCUGAGGUUUGGAGACAGACCACAAUGUACAAGCUCAUUAGCAGCACGCUUCUGGUGGUGUUCCAUGUUGGUUUUACAGCUGGAAACUCUCUGAAAUAUACUCAUUAUGACCCUUAUACGCUUCUUGAGUUGCAAUGUGACCAGUGUCCACCAGGCACUUUUGUUACGUAUGACUGCACAGCUGAGAAGAGGACAGAGUGUGCGCCCUGCCCUUACAAUCAUUUUACCAGUGAAUGGCACUCCCACAAGGACUGUCAGUACUGCAGUGCUGUCUGUAAGGAGCUGCAGCUUGCCAAACGUGAGUGUAAUAGCACCAGCAACCGGAUAUGUGAGUGCAUGGAUGGCUUUUUUCUCGAUGUAGAGUUCUGCUCACCUCACAAGGAGUGUCCACCUGGUUAUGGCGUUCUACAACAAGGGACACCUAAUAGUGACACGAUUUGUGGUGAAUGUCCGAGGGGGAUGUUUUCGAAUGUAACUUCAUCCACCGCUCCAUGCCAGAGGCAAACUGACUGCAAAAAGCUGGGACGCAAAAUGCUGCACAAAGGAAGUUCUACACAUGACACAGUGUGCAAAGAGAAAUCCCCCUUAUUGUGUGAAAUGGAUGUUACACUUUGUGAAGAAGCCUUGUUUCGGUACCCAGCACCCCCAGAGAAUUGGAUAAUGACUCUUAUUCAGAUACUUUCUAACACAGCUGUGACAUCACAGCAAAUAAAUAAAAUACAGGAAACCCAGAAUUCAUUGGAACAACCUUUCUACUUGUUUAAAUUGUACAAGAGUCAAAGCAAAGCUGAUGACUCCAUCACCCCUCUCAUCAAAGAUUUAAAGGAGUGUGAAAAGGGAGUGUUUAAUCUCCUGGGAUCCCUAAAUCUAACACGCAAAAACGUAAUGACCUUAAUGCGGAGUCUACCUGGAAAGCACGUAAGGCAAGAAGAUAUUGAAAAAACCCUAAAAACGUGUGAGCGACCCAAACACCUGAUGAAACUUCUCAGUCUAUGGAGGAAUAAAAACAAAGGAAACACAAUUGAGGGACUUAGACAGCUAAAAAUGGCCCAACUCCCAAAAAUGAUACGCAAGAGGAUGAAGAAACUGGAACAAUUUCUAACAGGAGAUUCCAUGUACAGUCUGUAUCAGAAAAUUAUUCUGGAGAUUAAUGGUAACCGAACACAGCCCGUAAAGCUGGAAACACUGUUAUGACUGGUACAGAAGUGACCUUGAGUCUACUGACCGUUUCAUCACAUCUUCUAGUCACCCCCCCUCCCCGCCACCACUUCAAACUGGAGUCCAAAUCUGGUACCUGCUGAAUAAGCUUUAUUUAUAGAAGUAUUUUUAUUAUAUAUGUUUUUGUAAGGAAUUAUUUAUGUUCCCUUUGGAUAGAUUAAAGAUUUAGAGGGAGACCAGAGGUUAACCAGGUGUUGUCUGGUCUGGUCUACAAGUGUCUGUAUGUGUAUGUCUUUAUUUUGUGGUUACCCCUGUAAAUGCUAGAAUUCUUCUAUUUAUACUAAUUUAAUUCUAAAAUUAUUUGGGUUCAAGAUGUUUUUUUUUUCCAAGAGAUGUAUCUUUUUUUUAAUUUUAAUCGUAAUUGUAGCCUAAGGCUCUGUUCACAUUUGGACAUAAAGUAUUUUCCAUCUCCAUCAUAAAUGGAAACCAUGCUGUGGUGCCAGAUCCAUCACACUGGCAGCACACAAUAGACCUUGUUGACCCCUUUCCAUAGUAGUCUCUCAUUUUAACAGGAAUAAUAGCUCUAUUCUUCACAUCAAACACAAUGAAGCCUCCAACCCAAUGAAGCCUGCAAUAUUAUACAUAUAUUUACUGAAGCUAUGAGUCAGAACUGAGGAUAUGUCUUAAAUGGUUGAUAGAUGGGCUGGAUCUCACCUUCAGGAUCUCCAUGCAACAUCUCAUUUGAUCCCCAUCCACCAAUACAACUUGGCUGGUAGAGUCCAAGAAAGAGUGGAAGAGCCUUUGAUUGCUCUCCUUAUCGUCGUCUAUGGAGGCUCAGUGCAGAGUGAUUGAGUGGCCUGCUCACUGCACCCUUCCUUGGCCACCCCAGCCAUUUUCGUAUGCUGUACAGUGGUCAUGAGACCCCUGUUCUCCUGAUAGGUGGAUGUCUUAAAGAUGAAGUUCCCCUUACCAGACAUUUAUGACACAUUUUCUAGGAGCUAUAAAAAAAGACUGCUUCUCCAUACAUCACAGACUUGUUUUAAGACUUCAUUCAGGCAGAAGGACAUCUGCACAAGAAUCGAUGGACAGGAUCCUACGCACAUCUACUGUAAAUUUGAACCCUAUGGUGAUCUAAGUGUAGUUCAUUAGAACCAUGUGGGGGGCAUGGUUAGAUGGGUCUCCCAAAGAUAAGCUGAAAAUAGUUAGUAUCAUGUCUGGUUUUUCCAUCAUCUGUAAUCUGAGAUGAAACCUGGCAUUGGGUGUACAGUUUUCCUGCAGUGACAUUGAGGGAGGAAAGAGGUAAUACAAGAUGUCCAUUAAAACCAACAGACUGGGUAAUAUAUGGACGUGUCUGAUCCUUCAGAGAGAGCAGAGAGUAGAUCUUUUAAACUAGACAAUCCAUUUAAUUAUAAAGAGGUACCCAUAUACCUACACACAUAUGAAGUAGAACCAUAGGCUACUUACCUCUGCUUGGACUCUGUCUACUACUGCGAAAAAAAGUUGAGCUUCCACAGCAUCAUAUACUUACUGCUAUAAAAUCGUUAUCUCCCAUUGCUGAACUAGAGACUGGCUUCUACAAGGGGUGGAAGGCUGCAAUGGCAUGCACAUACCCCAUGUCUACUGCUUCUACAGUAUGUGGACAAGAUACAUUUACAGCUGUCUAUAGAGAAAUCUUAUGCAGGAGUAUACGCAAAGAUCAUAGGGCCCCAUAAUAACUCAGAGUGAUCCCCAUUCUGUACUCCACCAAAUGUACUUUGUCUUUAUUACAGUCCCCCAUUCAUAAUGAGUCUCUUCUUUAAAGGGGUUUUCUGGGACCCAGCAGAUCCCACAAAGCCACCUUAAAAGGGGUUGUCCUAUGUAAAGUAUUCUACAGUUUUCAAACCAGCACCAGGGUCUGAAUACUUUUGUAACUGCAUGUAAUUAAAAAUGUAUUCUAGCUAAUGAGUUAUUCAGUGAACUCUAUUGUUUGCUGUUUUUCUAAUUUUUCUGUCCUGCUCACCGAGACGGUAGCACAUGCUCAGUUCCAUCUUUCAACUGCCACCAGCUGCAGCAGAAAAUGAGAAAGGACUCGCCCCUAAGCUUUCAGCUUGAAAUAAAUCUAGAAGAACAAUUGGAGCAAUGAAUGGGGAGAUCUCUGGAUCCAUGUGAGGUACAGGGCUGGUUCUAGCUUUGAUUGAAAUAGAUCGUCAUGUCCUAUAUGAUGUCUGAUUUCCAUUAUUUACAUUAAUCAUGGGAUACCCCCUAUAAUUACACAUGAAACACCUGUAGGAGAAAGUUUGUAAUAUACUUACUGUUCCGAAGUUGCAUGGAUUGGACUCUCCUGAGUACCCGGUCACGCAACAAGUCGCAACAUUCCUCCUCUGAAAAUGGAGAUUCUGUUGAUGUCUUGUCCUAUAUCAGGUUCUGACCUAGGCUAUGGAUGGGUGUCACUUGCCUUGUGGACAGUCCAGAAGUAUUCUUCCCCAGACGCAUGCACAAACACCUGAAUCCACCUCAUCUGCUCAUGCACCAGGGAGAGGAAUAGUUCUAACCCUAUCAUUAGUGGAAGUGAUGCCCCAUCCAUGGCCCAGACUGGACACCUGGUAAAAGACGUGACAUAAGUAGAAGCAGGAUUUUCAGUUAACUGGGUUCCUGAGAGACUGAUCCACGCAACUUCAGAACAUUAAGUAUAUUACAAACUUUCUUCUACAUGUGUUAUGUGUAAUUAAGGUAAAUUUGCUGGGACCCAGAAAGCCCUUUAUUAAAAGGGUUAUCCCAUGAAUAAUGUAAAAAAUUU